UAAUUUUUAAUUUGGAAUUCUAAAUUCAUAAAUUUAAAAUGGAAAAAGAGACGAUUAAAGUUGUAAUCAGAACAAGGCCAACAGCACACUUUGCUUCAAAGAAUAUUAAGAUUGAUUCAGAGAAUAAUUCUAUUACAAUCACAAAGCUAAAGGAUGAGGAAAUGGGAGUGAUCAAUAACCAACAGGAAUCAUGGCAGUUUAAAUAUAGCAAAAUAUUACACAAUUCAAGCCAAGAAGAUGUCUUUGAUUACUGUGGAAGACCAGUUAUUUCCAGCAUUGUGGAAGGAUACAAUGGUACUAUCAUGUGUUAUGGUCAGACUGGAGCAGGGAAAACAUUUUCAAUGACUGGAGGACCUUCAAACUAUAAAUAUAGAGGAAUCAUUCCAAGAACACUAUCUCUGAUGUUUCAAGAAGUAGAUUCAAGAUUUGAUCAACAAGUGACAGUUAGAGUUUCAUACAUUGAGAUUUAUAAUGAGCUUAUGUUUGAUUUGCUUUCUCCUAUUCCAACUCAUGAGCAAUCAGGAAAUAUUUCUAUUGUAGAAGACAUUAGUGGAAAUAUCAAAGUAAAAGGUCUAACAAUGCAUGCCUGUGCAAAUGAGGAAGAAGCCCUCAGCCUGCUCUUCGAAGGAGACACCAACCGCACGGUCAGCCAGCACGAACUCAACAAAAAUUCGUCUAGAUCCCAUUGCAUCUUCACUCUGCAUGUCGAAAGCAAGUCGAGAGUGGAAAGCACGGAGAAAGUUCAUGUGAGCAAGCUGCACUUGGUAGACUUGGCUGGAAGUGAGAGGACCAAGAAGACUGGCUCUAGCGGGAUUACCCUCAAAGAAGCAGCUUUUAUCAACAAAUCUCUGAGUUUCCUCGAACAAGUUGUGGUUGCAGUUUGUGAUAAGCAUCGUGAUCAUGUUCCAUAUCGCCAAAGUAAAUUAACUAAUCUCUUGAAAGAUUCGAUUGGUGGUAAUUGCAAAACAUUAAUGAUUGCCAACAUUUGGCCAGAAAUUUCUAACCUUGAAGAGACAAUAUCUACUUGUAAGUUUGCCACCAGAAUGAUGAGAGUUCAUAACAAAGCCAUUGUAAAUGUAAAUCAGGAUCCAGAAGUGUUACUCAAAAAGUAUGAGAGAGAAAUCAGAGAUCUGAAGCAUGAGUUAAACCAGACUUAUGUUCCAGAACCUCCAGAGAAGCUUUUUGAUCUUGCUAGGCAAUUCCUCACUGGAAGUAUCGAUGACAUUGAUGACCUUCCUUCUAUCCGCUACUGCAGAGAUCUGAUGCACCAGAUGAAGCUGGUCUAUAAGAAGCUUGAAAUGAACGCUAGAGUAGGAUCUAGUAGAAGAGGAGAUAGACCAGGAGAUGGCAUUGAAGGCAUUGGAGAACCUCCAAUGGAUCCUGCCGAGCUAGAAAGACGUAAGACCCUCAUUGAAGAAGAAGGAGUUGGAGAGGAAGAAGAAGGAGCAGCAGGAUUCGGAGUAGGAAAAGCUCCCAAAGAAUCAAAGCCACAGCAUAAAUUAGAAAUGAUGGACGAUGGAGAUCAUCAACCAGAAGAUGAUGAAGAAUCUAAAGAGGAGAAUGAAGGAGAGGGGUCUGAAAUGGGACAUCCUUCAAGAAAGAGUAAAAGACCAAAGAGAAAGCAACUAAAAUCUAAGCAAGAAGCUUUCAAGGAAUAUAAAGAAGAUGAAGGAAAGCAACUUGAAGAAGAUAUCAGAACAAAUAGAAGUGAUCUUAGAGAGAAAAAGGAAGAAAUGUCAAAACUAAGAGAAGUCUGCAAUGGAGCUAAGAAAGAUAUUGACAACCUUAAGGCAAAACUUGAAGAGAAAAAUGAAGAAAAGCAAAAAUCUCUUGAGCUUGAUGGGGAAGAAGACGUAAUUGAUGAAGAAGAAUACAAUAUUUUGAGACAGCUCAAAGAGCACAAGAAGUUAUAUAGAGAAAACUUUGAUAAAUUCAAGUCGCUCAAGGGUGACGCAUUCUUCAUUCAGAAUAACAUUGACCAACUCAAGGAGCAAUUGAUAUUCAAGUUUGAAGUAUGGUACGAUGAGAACUUUGAUCCACCAGCUGGAUCCAAAGAAGCAAUGAAGCCAAUAGAUCCCGAUUUCUCUGAAAAAGCAUAGAUUAAAUUCAAAAUCAUCAAUGGUUAAUUCAA